CCACCGACCACCCUGAGCGCCGCCACUACUCCCACAGUACCGCGGAAAUGCCGAAGUCGCAAAAGCGGCAGGCCACCGUCGCGCCGGUGCCGACGCCGCGCCGCCCACGACCCGGAAUGGAGUACCGCGCGCGGUCCGACGAAGCGUGGUACCCCGCGCGCGUGGUGGUGCAGGACGGCUGGCUGCGCGUCAUGUUCGAGAAUUUCCCCGAGGAUGCGGACGAGUGGUACGAUCCAGGGGCUGACCUCGCAUCCCUUGGCGACGUGGAGGCGCUCCGCGCGAGGUUCCGCCGGGAAAGCUCGGCCCUCAACGACGCCCGCUGCGGAGAUCUCUGCCCGGGCGACCGGCUCUGCCUCGCGUGCGAUAUCGAGGGCGACGCCGAUGAGCUCAAGUACUACGACGCCGUCCUCGAAACCGUGGAGAAGGCAGCGCACGGCACCGUGGACGGCGUGGAGCGGUGCGCGUGCCGUUUCACCGUGCGCUGGACGGAGGGGCCGCGCCGCGGUUGCUGGGACAACGUGGGCGUCGAGGUGGUCUGCUGCGUGCAGGAGUCGCCGAUCCAGGAUCCGGUGCUGACCGAGUUCCUGGACGAUGUGAGAAACAGGUUCGGCGAGGACCAAGGGGAGGCGACGGCAGCGUCUCAGCAGGCAGCCCCGACCCGGACACCAGCAGGCAGCCGACGGUACAGUCUCGCAUACUCCUCGCGUAACUAGUCUUUAAUGAAGGGGUUUCUCCUCUGAAAUCACCAGACGUUUGAUACUUUUUUUUGCGGGGUCAGACGUUUGAUACUUGACAGCCAUCGGCUAAAGGAAAGCAAGAGAUACACGCUCAUUAGUCUGUAGGGCUGGAAACAGAAUCACCAUUUUGCACAAGCCCCACGCCCCUCACUAAUAAACGUAUGAAGGACAAUAUGAACCUUUGACAGAACGUAUACGCAGAACCUGGUAUACCGAAUUGCACAGAUGUGAGCGACGGGGCCUCAUUAAGCCAUGUCUCUCCUACCACAUGCUUUUGGGAAUAACAAUAGAUGUACUUGUAAUUAUUUGGUUGUAGAAAGAGAAAUAUCUGCGCGAUACAACAAAGUAUCGGUCCUGAAUACUCUGCCCCUUUGACUACUUCAAGCUGUAGCAAAUGAGACUAAACUACUUUUUGAAGAAGAUAUCCCGAGGAGAUAUUUUUUUAUUUAGCAUUAGGCCGGCCUCUAUAGGAAUCACAUUAGUACUCUUUAGGGCAGGAAAAUCUAUGACACACAAUCACUUGUAUGAGCCCCGCUUUGGCACACCCCUUUCACUAAUGCAUAAAGAGUAAUAAUGAUAUUUGGCAAAAUGUAUACGC